CAGUCUACUUGAUUAUAAUUAAUAAAAGACGUUCUAUCGAUCCUAAACUUCAACGAGCACUUUUCAAUUUUACUGGGAUGUGCAGGGUGUUUUGGGAUGUGUGGGGUAGUUUUGCUGGGAUGUGCGUGGGAGAUGUGUGGGGUA